AUGGGUCAGCUACCUCGCGCUCGCGUAUCUGCUCCGGCCCGCGCUUUUCUCCAUUGUGGCGUAGACUUUGCUGGCCCCGUGGCAACACGAGCAUCCUCCGGCCGCGGAAUAGCAUCACGCAAGGGAUACAUCGCGGUUUUCAUUUGUCUUUCUACUCGUGCUGUGCAUCUUGAGCUCGUGGGCGGUUACUCGACGUCGGCCUUCCUUGACGCAUAUUCAAGGUUUUGUGCCCGACGAGGUUUGCCUACGGACGUGUACUCGGAUAAUGGGACGAGUUUUAUCAGUGCGGAUAAAGAAUUGACCAAAGUUUAUAGCGACACGUUGCGAGGCCCUGACUUUUUAAAUAGAACUGCAUCGGAUAGGGUGUCGUGGCACUUCAUGCCACCUCACGCCUCUCACUUUGGAGGAUUGUGGGAGGCGGGAGUUCGGAGCGUAAAGCACCAUUUGCGGCGAAUUCUCGGCUCUCACACAUUAACGUUCGAAGAGCUCGCAACUCUUCUCUGCCGAAUCGAAGCAUGCUUAAAUUCCAGGCCACUUGGACCUCUUACAGAUUCAUUUGACGAACUUGCGCCAUUGACGCCAGGCCAUUUCUUAAUCGGUUCGGAAAUUACGACGAGUCCAGAACCUUCUGUUCUGCACCUCAAGGAAAAUCGCCUCUCACAAUGGCAGUUAAUUAGACAGCUUACCGAAAAAUUUUGGCGGAUCUGGCAAAUGGACUAUAUUAACACGUUGCACUAA